GAAGUGCCCCUCAAUCCUCCUCUCGAUGGAAAAAUCUACCUAUUUCUAUCCAUCUUGCUUCGUAUAUUGACCUAUAGACCAAGAUACUCAUUCUAAGCAACAAAAAUGUCAUUGCAUUCCAUACUCCGCCAUGAGCUAGCCUCGAUCGUAGACUCUCCUGCAGCACCAUCCACGACGGUUCCUACGAAUGUGGCCUCUAGGACAUCACAGGAAGCACUCAAUCACCCGAUUGACUAUGGAGAACCUCCGUUACCUCUUCCAGCGGCUCCGACGCCUGAGGAAAUCCAACGUGUAUUCGACGUGGCUCCAUUGAAUGUUGCCAACAAGCGCCGCCGUAUAACUAUAACGGUACUCAUCGUUGCUUGCAAUCUCAUGCAAAUGAUCUGCAACCUUAUAGGCAUAGGCGGAGGGAUUAUUAUUAGCCAGAAACUAGGUGUUUCGGGCGCUCAUGUCAACUGGAUCGGUGCAUCCUAUCCCCUCACGCAAGGAACCUUUGUAUUAGUCUCCGGCCGAAUCGGAGCCGUAUAUGGGCACAAGAAUAUGUUACUAUUAGGAAGCGCAUUCCUAAUUAUUUUCACCCUUGCGUGUGGAUUCUGUAACAAUUUUGUGACCUUCAAUGUCAUGCGGGCGAUGUCAGGAAUUGGGGGUGCCUUCAUCAUGCCGAAUGCCGUAGCAAUGAUUGGUAUAACCAAUCCCCCGGGAUUCGCAAGAAACUUAAGUUUGGGAUUCUUCGGCGCGUCUGGGCCCAUUGGAGGUUACAUCGGCGCUUUGAUCCUUGGGGGAUUCAUCGAAAGUGCGCCCUUAGUCUGGAUGUUCGCAUUCAUAGCAGCCAUAAGCUUGAUCAUCGCGUCAUUGUUGUGGGCUCUUCUCCCUCGAGAAAUCCCCGUAGAUCGAUACGGGAGGAUCGAUUGGAUUGGAUCCUUCCUCGCUCUAGGGGGUUUAAUUGUUUUCAAUAUUAUGUGGAAUCAAGCACCAGCCGUGGGUUGGUCAAAUCCCGUGGUCAUAGCCACUCUUAUUAUAUCCGUGACACUAUUCGUCGGCUACUACUUCUGGGAACAUUACUUCGCAACCGAUCCAAUCAUGCCAUUGAGCAUUUUCAAGGCGCCGUCAUUCACACCCCUCAUAUUCGUGGUACUGUUUACUAUUAUGGCGGCAGGCAUUCUAUUAUGGUAUACAGUGCUCUGGCAACAGGACGUCCGUCAUUGGACACCGAUGCAGUUCGCUUUGGGUUGGACUCCCUUCGGCAUCUGCGGCGGCCUUGGGACAUUCUUAGCAGCAUACCUCAUCCCACGAGUUUCGGCACAAUGGAUUCUAGCCAUUGGCGCUUCCUGCAUGUUAGUAGCCACCCUUCUGAUUGCUACUAUGCCAGAGCAACAGCCGUAUUGGUAUCAGGUCUUCCCGAGUACCAUUCUAUCUUCGUUCUCGCCUGACCUCACGUACACGGCGGCUCAAAUAAUUGCUAGUAAUGCCGUGAGCCGGAAGCAACAAGGCAUCGCAGGAUCACUCAUAGGAUCACUGCUUCUAUAUGGCACCAGUCUUGGGCUUGGAUUUGCAUCAACCGUCGAAUCGGAAGUUGGCAAACAACACGGCAAAGUUGCAGGAUACAGGGGGGCUAUGUACUUUGCAGUAGGACUUUGUGUCGCCGCCCUCAUCCUCGAUAUUUGCUUUGUGCGACUCGUACAUGAUAACCGCGAAGGCUGGGAGGAUCCCGCUGACGCCGACCCUGCGGAUGAGGUGGCUGCACCAGUCGUAACCGGAACGGAGAUACGAGCUGACCCCGUUAAUGAGGUCGUGGCACCGGUAGUAACGGGAACCGAAUUACGAGAAUUGCGACCUCAGUUGGAACAGCGUUGAAUAGUUGAAUCGUAUAUGGUAGAUGUGGGAACUCAUUUUAGCUCAUUUAACGAUCACGGCAGUGAGAUUUCCAAGUCCUAGAUUAUGACGCGCCGCAGUCAGCACCUGCAAUCCUACCGCGAGCUUUGACGCCAUCCCAUUAUGACGGUAAAGGCGCCAACCAUUGAAGCCGUCUUUCCUAAAUAGGUAGUCAAAUUAUAAUUCCAAUAGCAGCAGCCUGACAAUCGGUACUACGAUCCCCCACAAAUCCUUCGAGCCACAUCGUCUUUCGUUGCCUUGCUACUGCAUGAAUGAGUUUCCAUUUUUACA